GCGCCCGGCCGGCCAAUGGCUUGGCGGCGGCAGGUUCCCGGAAGUGGCGGCGCGGCCCGGGAAGACCUCAGUUUCCGCAGGCUGAGUCGGGGCCGGUUCCGCUGGCUUCGCGGGCGCUAUGAGUUGCUUCCAGGGACAGAUGGCCGAGUACCCAACCAUCUCCAUAGACCGCUUCGACAGGGAGAACCUGAAGGCCCGCGCCUACUUCCUGUCUCACUGCCACAAGGCUUGAAGGUUUGUUUAUACUGUUCACCUGUUACUAAAGAGUUGUUGUUAACUAACCCGAGGUACAGAUUUUGGGAGAAACGAAUUAUAUCAAUUGAAAUUGAAACUCCUACCCAGAUAUCAUUAGUCGAUGAAGCAUCAGGCGAGAAGGAAGAGAUUGUUGUGACUCUCUUACCAGCUGGUCAUUGUCCAGGAUCAGUUAUGUUUUUAUUUCAGGGCAAUAACGGAACGGUCUUGUACACGGGAGACUUCCGAUUGGCACAGGGGGAAGCUGCCAGAAUGGAGCUCCUGCAUUCUGGGGGCAGAGUGAAAGACAUCCAAAGUGUAUACCUAGAUACUACUUUCUGCGAUCCGAAAUUUUACCAGAUUCCUAGUCGAGAGGAGUGUCUGAGUGGAAUAUUAGAGCUGGUUCGCAGCUGGAUCACUCGGAGUCCGUACCAUGUCGUGUGGCUGAACUGCAAAGCAGCUUACGGGUAUGAGUAUCUGUUCACCCAUCUGAGCGAGGAAUUUGGAAUCCAGGUUCAUGUGGACAAAUUAGACAUGUUUAGGAACAUGCCCGACAUUCUUCAUCACCUCACAACAGACCGGAAUACUCAGAUCCAUGCCUGUCGCCAUCCAAAGGCAGAAGAAUAUUUUCAUUGGAAUAAAUUACCCUGUGGAAAUAUUUCCAAAAAUACAAUUCCACUCCACACAAUCAGCAUUAAGCCAUCCACUAUGUGGUUUGGAGAAAGGACCAGAAAAACAAAUGUAAUUGUGAGGACCGGAGAGAGUUCAUACAGAGCUUGUUUUUCUUUUCACUCUUCCUACAGUGAGGUUAAAGAUUUCUUGAGCUACAUCUGUCCUGUGAAUGUGUAUCCCAAUGUCAUUCCAAUAGGCACAACUAUGGAUAAAGUUGUAGAAAUCUUAAAGCCUUUAUGCCGAUCUUCCCAAAGUACUGAGCCAAAGUAUAAACCACUUGGAAAAUUGAAGAGAGCUAGAAAAACUCACCUAGACUCAGAGGAGGAUGACGACCUCUUUGAUGAUCCUGUGCCGUUACCGCUAAGGCACAAGGUUCCAUACCAGCUAACUCUUCACCCUGACGUGUAUCUGAUGACUGCAGCUUCCCCAAGCCAGCCUGAACAAGAGAGACAAAGCACAGGGUACAAAGAGAGUAUGCACACCUUUCCUUUGGCAAACUUUAUAGAAUGUGAAGAAUCCAACAGCGAAGGUGAAGAAGAAGUACAAACCCCAGCUUCAUCUCAAGAAGACCUGGGUGCUCUCACACAUCACCAGCAAAAGGCUGAUGUAGAAGUACCACAGUGGGAAGUGUUCUUUAAAAGGAAUGAUGAAAUCACAGAUGACAGUUUGGAAAACCUCCCUUCUUCCACAGAGGCAGGGGGCUCUCAGUCGCCAAAGAUUUUUAGUGACUCUGAUGGAGAGUCAACUCACAUCUCUUCCCAGAAUUCUUCUCAGUCAACACACAUAUCCGAACAAGGGAGUCAAGGCUGGGACAGCCAAUCGGACACUGUUUUGUUAUCAUCCCAAGACAGAAACAGUGGGGACAUUACCUUCUUGAACAAAGGUAGCUAUAGACCAAGAAUCAAAGAGAAUAUUCCUGCCUCUCAGAUGGAACAAAAUGUACUUUGCCCAAAGGAUACUUAUUCUGACUUGAAAAGCAGAAAUCAAGAUGCAAAUAUGGCUCCUAGUGUUGGAGAAAUAACCACUCUAAGCAGUGGGAAACACAUACCUCAGGAAAAAAGGCUACUAAAUUUUAGCACCAAUGCAGAUUCCCAGAGCUCCUCUGAUUUUGAAAUUCCCUCCACACCAGAAGCUGAGCUACCUAAAGGAGAGCAUUUACAGUAUUUAUAUGAGAAGCUGGCAACAGGGGAGAAUAUAGUCACUGAAAAAAGAAAAAGCUCAUUCUCAGAUACUUAAAAAUGAAAAACCUUGCAUUCUAGAGCAACCAGUAGAAAACCUACACAAAGAGGUAAUGGUCAGAAUCAUAAUGGACACGUCAGAAUGGAAUAUUUAAAAAUGUUCAUGUAACCUAAAACAAGGCAGUAAAGGGGAAAAAGAACAAAAAAUAGAGGUAAAAAGCAGAAAAUAAGGUAGAACUAAAUCCAAACAUCAAUAAUUACAUUAAGUGAAAGUGGUCAACACACACCAGAAAAAACCCAGGGAAAGAAACAGAACGUUUUUAUAUGCUGUCUCUAAGAAACUCAAUUCAAAUGAUGCAGGCAGGUUAAAAGUAAAGCCUGGAAAGAUAUAUCUAAAUACUUCCACUACUUAAAGCUGGAACGACUAUAUUACCAUCAGACAAAUUUCUCACAAAAGGUCCAGUUCACUAAGAAGACACAAUCCUACAUGUGUAUGUUGCUGCAACAGCUUCAAAAGAGAGAAAGCAAAACCAAAGGAGAAACACUAAUGCACAGUCGAGCUGGGAACUCUACCUGUUCCUCUAUCGGUAAUAGAAUUAGCACACAGGAAGUGAGCAAGGCUAUGGAAGAACUCCAUGGCACCAUUAAUCAACUGCAACUGACACAGAACAUUCCACCCAACAGAGAAUGUUCUCAAGCGCCAUGGCACAUUCACCCUGAUAGAUGGCUGCAUCCUGGGUCAUAAAAACUCUUAAAAACAAUCAGCCCCUUAUUUAUCUCAAAAGGUCACUUCUGAAUGCUGGUUUGAACACAAAGGUAAAAUGAAAAGGAGAGAAAUUAGGACCCAAAAGAAUGAAAUGGCAAAAGUGUGUGUUCUAGUUGUUGGAUUUCCUUAAAGUCUGUCAAUGGAUUAUGUUUUUAUACAGCUAUAUAUGUGGUUUAAUAAAGUUCUAUUAACAAAUAUUCAUCAA